GCCCGGCGUCACCAUGCCCGAGUGCCCCAAGUGCGACAAGGAGGUGUACUUUGCUGAGCGGGUGACCUCCCUCGGAAAGAAUUGGCAUCGGCCUUGCCUGAAGCGUGAGAAAUGUGGAAAGACGCUGACCUCAGGGGGUCACGCCGAGCAUGAAGGCAAGCCCUAUCGCAACCACCCCUGCUAUGCUGCCAUGUUCGGACCCAAAGGCUUUGGGCGUGGUGGAGCUGAGAGUCACACUUUCAAGUGAACCCAGGUUUUGGAGAUCCCAUCCCUGGCUGCCCGCUGGGCCGCUGCCCCUCCAGGCUGAAGGGAGGCCUUCCCCACAAGCACCUGGGUCUCCCCUGUAGACCCCUAUGCCCUCAAUAAACCCGGACUCCUGGAAAAAAAAAAAA